AUGGACCGUUACAUCACUAUAACUAAACGCAAGUCCAGUACUAGGACAUCAAAAUUGGAACCAAAUCCAAAACAGGCAAAGAAAAAUCCGGUAAGUCAAAAUCGUUUUGCAAUUCUUGACAAUCAAGAAAGUAAGGAAAAACCCGCAAAGCCUGUAAAAGACUAUAAGCCACCUCCUCUAUAUUUGCGCGAACCUACUACAAAUGUUUUGGUGAACAAAUUGUCCCAACUUACACACCAUGUCAGCAAUUGUAAAAGCAAUAAUAAUUGUUUAAUUUGCGAUAAUCGACACCAUACUAUGCUUCAUCAAGAGCCAAUAGAAAAUUCAAACGUGGAAUGGCCUACGACUUCUUCCGGUCAGAGUUCUGCUGAGGUUCUUCGACCCACUAACUCGUCACCGACUUAUCAACGACCUUCUACUUCUACUAAUGUUACGCAAACUCGACAAGUAUUUCAUACACGUCAAAAUCAAUCUGUUAUCUUAGGAACUGCAUCAGUAAAUAUCAUACAUAAUGGCAAUAGGUAUCAGGUCAGAGCUCUUAUUGAUUCAGCUUCGGAAUGUUCAUUUGUUAGUAAUCGAUUACGAAAAAGGUUUAAACUUCCCACGCAUUCUGCAAAUGCUAAAGUUUCUGGCGUAAAUAAUGCGGUAUCUGUAGUUUCGAGAAAGGCUUGUUCUCUGAAGAUCGGCUCUGAUUUGGAUUCUUCUGUAGUACUGAAUACUACGGCCUUUGUUUUGGCAGAUAUAUCGGAGAAUUUGCCUUCGAUUUCUGUAAACGCCGACAUUAAAGGAUUAUUGCCAAAUCUUCAUUUGGCAGAUUCCAAUCCUUUCCAUAGCCGGCCUGUUGAUAUUCUUAUUGGGGCUGAUUUAUAUCCGCAAAUUAUGUUACCGGAAAUUCGACGAGACGUAUUAGGGUCAUUAUUGGCUCAGAGAACAAUUUUUGGCUGGAUACUGACAGGUCCAGUUAAUUCUACAUAA